AUGGCUCAGAAGAUUAAUAUCAAUAAGGGACUUGGACUUGGCAUGACACAACUGGGUGCCUUUGCUCGCAUUGGAGUCAUGAUCAACGUAAGUACGCUUAUUAGGCAGUACCGACUGACUUCCAAUGGAAAGAAGAUAUCUAACCAAGAAAACGGAGUCGAACAGCGCUUUGGUACCGCAUAUGAUCCAGACUCCGAUUUCGACCUUAUUGAUCGACUGAUCCCAAAAUACUAUCUCGGUGGCUACGAUAGUGAAGACAGCAGUGUCAUCAGGAACUGA